AUGUCGAAUCCUAACCCGAAUCCGAACGAGAAGAAAAUGAAAGUGAAAGAGCAGAAGCGGAAAAAUAUCAUCGACUCUAUUACCCGUUUGGAGUCAUUCCUGCGUAAUUUUGAUCCAGACGAGCAUGGACACGAAGAAGAAUUGGACGAUAAUGAGAAAUUCGUGUUGGGAAAUAAUGAAUUGAGAGCCAAGGUCGAGGAAAGAUAUUUCCGAGUGAAAGCUGGUCUGAUAUCAAAGCGCUCCGCCCCUCAAACGCACGAGGCAUCGACCUCUGGUCAAGCUAACCCCGCGCAGUUGUCAGCUCCCUCGUCGCUAUCGAACGUGAAACUGCCGACGAUCACGCUGCCCGAGUUCGAUGGCGAUUUCAAUGGAUGGCUCACGUUUCACGACACGUUCCUUUCUAUGAUUCACUCGUCAACUGAGAUAUCGAAUAUGCAGAAGUUUCACUACCUCCGCGCUGCUAUAAAGGGAGAAGCAGCGAAUCUCAUCCAAUCCAUCGUUAUCACCGCUGCAAACUAUUCUGUCGCGUGGUACACGCUUGUGAAACGGUAUUCCAACAAGGGUCUUCUAAGGAAAAAACACAUUCGGGCACUCCUGAAAUACCCGAAGAUCCCGAAUAAUUCAGUGGAGGCACUGCACCGCAUACUCGACGAAUUUCAAUGUCAUACAAAAGUACUGCAGCAGUUGGGAGAGCCCGUUGAGCAUUUCAGUUCCAUUCUUAUGGAAUUGCUCGUAGACAAGCUGGAUGAUGCAUCACACAGUGCAUGGGAGGAAUCUAUCGUGUCGGAUGACAACCCGACCUAUGAGAAAAUGAUUGGAUUUUUGCAGAAGAGAACUCGAGUGCUGGAGACGAUCAUGAUCAACCGCCCCAGUCCAUCGUCAUCGAAAACUGGAAAUCACCAUUCCGGAAUCAAGAAGCAGAAUUUUCCUCGUGUCAGUACGAAUGCUAUGACUGAAAAUUCCAGCAAGGUGUUUCCUAUGUGCCUCGCCUGUGAAAAGCAGAGACAUUCGCUUAUGGACUGUCUCGUGUUCAACGGAAUGAGUGUUAGAGGUCGUUUGAAGGUCGUGAACGACAAGAAGUUGUGCGGUAACUGCUUCCGUAGCAGUUAG